AGAGUCGCUGGCUCAAAUCUUACAUCCUUCCCACCUCACUCCUAGUGAACUAACGCCAUGGCAAAGCCAACUUUCCUGAACUGAACUGAAUUCAUGGUGAAGUCCCUCUUGGAGCUGUUUGUCUUGGUGAAUUCAGUUGCUGCAGAGGUCACCUGUGCGGCGUCGCCACCGGCGACGUCCGCCUCGCUGGUGCAGACGAAGCGUCCAGUCAUCAAGGUACACGCCAUCAAAGAGCCGGAGAGGAAAGCUUCCCACCAGUUCACGCGCUAUCCUCAUGUGGCGAACGUCCAGCACCCUUCUGGCCCGGAAGCGAUUACACCAGCGAGCUUUCGUCCUGAUGCUUUGCUGGUGUUCUGGCCGACUCUAUCACUGGCCUUAACAUUCUGCAGUGCGCUGGCAAUUCUGGCCAUGACUGUGAGGGACAAAGCAGCGAUCGCUUGCCAGACACAGCCAGGCUAUCAGAGAUCAUUUGAGCAACGUCUUGGUGUUUGGGAUGCCAGCCUGGCCAUUUUCUCUGGCGUCAUGGGUGUGGGCGUCUUGUCCAUGCCAUAUGCUAUGUCCCGUGCCGGUUUCAUCGCUGCCCCGCUGAUCUUACUUGUAGUUUUGUGCUCCGCUUAUACUGCACACCUAUUGGUCUGGGCACUGCAAGCGCAACCUUCGCUACCGCUGCUGGCAGGGAACAAAGGCAUUGCACCUGACUUCUUCUUGGAACGAGCAUGCGAGGCAUCAAGGUCCAAGCUCUACACCUGGGGCUCUUUAGUCGAGAAUGCCUUUGGCUCGCGGGCAUGCAUAGCUGCGAACAUCUUCCUUUCUCUGGAAACUUGGGGGUAUUUGUUGAGCUACAUCGUUGGAGCUUCUAUGAACAUCAGUCAACUUCUUGGCGAUGAGAAAUCCAGAAAUUUGGCUGUGCUUCUCUCUGUGGCCUUUGCCUACAUGUUGGCUACACCGCGAAGCAGGUUGAAUUUGGUGUCCAACUGCGCCUACCUUUGCUGCUUCGUGAUGCUGAUCGUCUCUGGGUUGCUUCUUCCCCAGCCAGCACCGUGGAGUGAGCUGAAAAGCUUCGACAGCCGAGGGCUCUUCUCGGUCGCGGGAAUUUUAGUGUUCAGCCCGGCUGGGCAUGCCUUCUUCCCCGACAUUCAGAGACGGAUGCGACAACCAGAGCUGUUUCCAAUUUGUUUACGAAGGGCCUAUGGCGCUGCUGCUGUCCUAUACCUUGCUGUGGGACUUGCAGGCUACUUGCUCUUCGGUUCUUCUCUACAGCCGAGUGCCGUCCAAAAUGUGGGAUGGACUCGGGACUUCCAGCCACUUCCAAAGAUGCAUUGGCUGGCUGCAGCUUCUGCUGUAGCUAUGGCAAUACGCCUCGUAGUGAUGCAGGCCUUCGUGCUGCCUACUUUGACCUCCUCCUUGCAGCAACUUCUGGGUACAUCCCAGACAGUUCAAGUUGCGUCCCACUCAACCGGGCUGGGCCUCUUGGGAUCAGCAUCAGCCACAGGUUCUUUGCUGCCCUGUAUACUAGCCGCUUCUGGAGGAGUGGCCGCCUUCUUUUCAGCCCAAGUGGCACUGUUGCUCAACUUCUUGGGCGGCGCCAUUUGUGCGCAUAUCGCAUUUACAAUGCCAGUACUGUGCUACUGGAAGCUCUCCAGGCAGUCGCGAGCACUUUCAUGGAGUGAGCAGGUUGGCUUGACAUUCCUGUUCCUCAUUGGUUGCGGCUUCUCCUUCUUGGGGCUCUUGAGCUUUGCCUGGUAAUUGAUAUAUGUCCCAUUGAUAUUUAAAGAAAUUGCA